AUGCAUCACUUAGAAGAACUAUGGGAGACUGACAGGAAUGCAAGUAUCGUCUUUAAUGAGCUGCUUGACUUCAAUAUUUUUUAUUAUUGUUUGCUCUUAGUUAAUCUCAUUGAGAAUUUGUUGCAGGCUCCUGUGCAAUUAAGAGAGUUGCUGAUUUCUGAGUGCUCACACUUCCAAAGAUUUCCAGAGUCAAUAGGAUGUCUCAGACAAUUGAAAAAGAUAGCCAUGAGAGGUCGGAGCGAGUUUUGGGGUCUGAGGAGUCUGCCGGAUGAAUUUUGUCUUCUUCAAUCGUUGGAGCACCUGGAGUUAAAUCAUUGUGGAGAGCUAUCAUUACUACCCAACAAUUUUGGUAAUUUGAGAAGUUUGAGGCAUCUUGAUUUGUCCAAUUGCAAAAAAUUGAGGAUGUUGCCAGUCUCUUUCAAGGAGCUCACACUCCUGCAACAGCUCAACUUAGAAGCAUGUUCUAACCUCAUCUUAGAGUCAGACAUUCUUGAAAACAUGACAGGGCUAGAGUAUUUGAAGCUCUCUGGUUGUGAGCGAUUGGAAGAGUUGCCUCGUCAUGUAACAAAUUUGGCCUCAUUGACAGAGCUUUAUCUAUUUAAACAACAAAGGUGGUUGCAAUGUAAGAAGUUAAGGGAGGUACCAUGGAACAUCGGCCAACUGAGUAAGUUGCAAAAGUUGAGCAUUGGAAGUGAGUUGUUGACAAGCCUACCAACAUCUAUUGGAGAUUUGUCUUCCUUGACUUCUCUUGAAAUUUAUAAUUGUUACAAACUGGAAUGUCUACCUGAAUCUUUGGGGUGUCUUAAUCUCUUAGAGAAUUUACAAAUAUUCAGUUCAGGAGUUAAAUCCUUAUCAAAAUCAUUUAGGCUGUUAAUUAAUCUUCAAACACUGGAAAUAUCUCAAUGCUCAAUCAGCGAAUUGGAUCUUGGAGCGAGGCCAUUUUCUUCUUCUUUCCGCAACCUUAAGAGUAUAAAUCUACGUUUGAUUAAAGUGUGCAAGAUUUCCAUCUCCGAAGAUUGUUGUCCAGCCCUUGAAUCUCUCAUGCUUUCGCUCAAUAAGCAUCUAACAGAGAUAGAUGUGCUACCAAUGACAGUGAAGAGGAUAGAAUUGGAAAGGUGUAAAAUCCUGAGGAACAUAAGGGGUAUUUAUAGUCUGGUAAGAAUUCAAACAAUGAGAAUAACUGGGUGCCCUGAGUUGGAUGCACUUCCCAAUUUUGCACAAUACAAUUUUCUCCGACACUUCGAACUGAGAGAGUGCCAUGGAGUGAAGAAAAUAGCAGGUUUGGAACAUUGCAGAGAAUUGGUGUUGCUGAGAGUGCAUACGAGGUGGAAGGAGGCAGGUAUAGAAAGUUUGGAGGGCAUGGAAAGAUUGAGUCGACUGGAUCUCAAAGCAAUCAGCAUAUCAGUUGUUGAAGGAUGCAUUCGAAGCAUGCAGGCGGUCCCUGAUGCGGCCUCACUUCUAAACUCCUUUGACUUUUCCAAUCUCUCCGUGGUUGACUCCUUUGCUAACCAGAAGAUCAGCUCUAGACCAUCCAUCAAACGGCAAUCCUCUGCCUGCUGA